AUGAACUCCAAAUCCCUCCGCCGCCUCGCCGCAGACCACGGCUCCCUUCACACCGCCGGCCUCCCCCCAAACUAUCUCUUCCCACCAGGCUCCGACGACUCGUCAGACCUCACUUCCCUCGACAUCCUCCUCGCCGGUCCUGUCGGCACACCCUACGCAGGCGGUGUAUGGCGCCUCCACCUCGACAUCCCACCCACGUACCCCACCGCACCGCCCACAGCGCAGUUCCGAACACGACUAUGGCACCCAAACAUCGACGAGGCAACGGGUGCGGUUUGUGUCGAGACGCUGAAACGGGACUGGAGUAGUAGUCUCAAGUUGAGGGAUGUCCUGGUAACGAUAUCUUGUUUGUUGAUUCAGCCGAAUCCGGCGAGUGCGCUGAAUGAAGCAGCCGGGAAACUGGCCACGGAGGACUGGGAGGGGUAUUGUAGGAGGGCGAGGCUUAUGACGGAUAUCCAUGCGAGUGUGCCGAGGGAGAUUGAGGGGGAGGUUAGGGAGGCGCAGAUGAGAGGGGAGGAGAAGACUACGGAACCAGACCAACCCAUCGCGAAACCAUAUUCAAAAGGGAAGGAGACAGAGCGGGUUAAAGUUACGCCGUCAGGACCUAAACUCACGCGCAUGAAGAGUGAGGAUGAGGAGAAUACGCGCAGCAGGAGGGGUGGGACUCAAGAUGCAGAGAGUGGGACUGAGGAAGAUGCGGUGACUGGGCGGAGGGAUGGGAUGAGGAGGAGCAAGGUGCCUGAGUCGAGGAGACAGGGUAAUAUCUUUGGGAUUAAGGGCUUGGGCGAUGGUAUGCAGCUCGACUCCCCACCGCCGAAACGGAUUUUCGCUGUGCCGGGUGCGCAUACACCGCCUGUUUCUACUCCGAACGAGAACGGGAAAGAGAAUGGAGAGGGGGAUGGAGAGGAUGCGGAUCCGUUUACCACCGUCAUGUCGAAACGGAAUCCACACCCUGAUCCUUCUACUGCGACAGGAACAGCAGCAGCAACACAACCCGACACCGAAACUCCCGACCUCCUCAAAUUCUCAACACAAAACCCCUUCGCCGCCAUCCAACCCAACAACCAAACUCACCCCCUCUUCAGAGAGUUCUCGUUUAGCUGGGAAGACGCUAUGGUGGUGCAUGACGCCGGUAUUGGUAAGAGUGGCAGUGGUGGUGUUAGUGGGGUUAGUAAAGCAGAUGUACGCAAGAGACACGCGACAGAAGAGUUUGAGAAGAAGGAAAGGUGGGAGAUGAAGAGGUUUAAGAGGGCCGGGGGCGAUUUGAAGAGGUUUAAUCGGGGGGAUUGGGGGGUUAGGAUGGGCGUGGGGAGGUUGUAG